GCCAGCCAUGGGCAUCAUCAUCGGCUCGUGCGUGCCCGACCCGCAGGCGCAGGGCUCGGCCGCCUCCGCCGCCGCCGCCCACCACGAGCUCGUGGCCGCCGCCGCCGCCGCAGCCGCCGCCGGCGCCGCCUCCGCCUCUCCGGGGGUGGCCGGCGUCCGCGGCAUCCGCAGGGUGCUCUACGGAAUAAAAUGUCCUGUGUGUGCAAAGUUCGUCCUUCCGGAUGACAUAGAAUGUCACCUGGUGAUGUGCCUCACGAAGCCGCGGCUCAGUUACAACGAAGAUGUUCUGGCAGAUGACAAAGGAGAAUGUGUCAUAUGCCUGGAGGAUCUACAGCAAGGAGAUAUCAUUGCUAGACUGCCUUGUCUCUGUAUAUAUCACAAAAGCUGCAUUGACAGGUGGUUUGAAGUGAACCGUUCGUGUCCAGAACACCCUGGUGAUUAGCCUCUGUCAGCCGCCUCUUCCCGAACUGUUGAGGUAUUACCUCAUGGUGAAGUGAUUGUUUUAAAACUGUUACAUACAUUCAAAUAGGAAUUACAGUUUUCACACCGUAACAAAUGCAGUAACAUUGGGAGGAUAGUUAGGCAGUUUGAAAAAUAUAGUUGUUGAGUUUGUGAUCUGGAUUCACAUUUUUAGAAUCCUGCCCUCUGUAUCUGUUUUAAUUAUCUACCCAAAUAAGAACAACAGAGAGAGAGAGAGAGAGAGAGAGAGAGAGAGAGAGAGAGAGAGAGAUGGUUUUGUGAGGGGGAUGGAUGACUCAUAUUGUGAUGUGUUGAAAGAUUUUUUUAGGGAAAGAGAAGCUACUGUGCUUUGCCAGCAUUCUUGUCAGUUACUAACAACAGUUAAGAGAGGUUGUUUGAAACCUCACUGAAAUAGAAUGGGAAAGGGCAAGAAUUUAAUUACGUGUUCUGUUCAUGAAUAUUGCUUCAUAUUUUAUAUAUAUAUUUCUCAGACAGAACACAUUGCUUGCUUUGCCUUUUUUGGUAUAACAUACAGUUUUAAGGCAUUGUACCAUAUUUACUGUGACAUAUUAGACAUAUGUUUGAGUAUUUGAUUAACAUAACUGUAUUUACAUGCUGAAACGAAAGCCGAAUGUUUAGUCCUUCGAGUUCUUGUGUUUAACAUCACUCACUGCAACGACCACUUGUCUUUGCUGUAAGAGCGUAUAAUACUUGUAAUAUGUUUUGAAGUAUAAUUGAAAAGACUUAGACUAAGGAUUACGGGCACAUACAAGUAACUGUGUUAGAAGCAGGGAACUCCCUAAAAGUCUGGUAGGCUUUAAUAUUUUUGAUACUUUCAUAAAAAAACUAUAUAGAGCAAACAUGCUACUCAGGAGUAUUUUUGAGUGACAGCUUAAGUAAUUUAUUGUUGUGAAUGGAAAUAAGUGAAACCAAAGAUGUUGAUUAAACAGUGCUAAAGUUUAAAACUGUUUGCAUCCAAAAUUUUUAUUGCUUAGAAACUUUUUAAAAAAAUAUUAGAUUUGUAAAUCCUUACUUUUUAUUAAUGAGUGUGGAAAUUGUAUUCGUAAGCAGUUUCUAACAGUUGGUUUAACCCUAUAAACACACACUGUUUUGAUGAUGCUUAAGUCAAAUUGUACUGUUGCUAGAAAGUUUUAUCAGUUUGCUGCAAGCUUACAGUGGGAGUGACUAUAAGAGUACCUUACAACAUGUUGUGCCAUUUCUUUCAAUUUUGUUCCUAUCGUAUAUAAUUAUUGAAAUCAGCUACAGUGUAACAAAAAUCCUGAAAUUAUCUUAGCAGUUUAAUUUUUAUGUGAAAAUUAUAUGAUUGUUGCUAGCUUAUAAGUGCUAUUUGCUUUUACGAUUUAAGUUCUAAACAAUGUUGAAUAUGUGUGCUAUGGGAAAUUGUUUUAUGGUUUUUAUGACAUUGUGAUAGUAAGAUAAAGAUGCAUUGUGGAACAAACUCCAGUAAAACAUGACAACAUUGUGAUUAAUUCUUACAGCUGAAACACUGAAGUGGUUUAAGAAUGAUUUAUUUAAAAAAAGUGAAUCUGAAGAGAGACAGCAGUCAGUGCUUUUCACAUGCUAAGUGAAGAGUGAGAAGAGGUGGUAAUAAAAUCUAACUGUGAUUCCAUUAUAAAGGCUUGAUUUUACCAGGCUGCACUGUGCUGCCACUAUUUCGGAAAGAUGCCUUGGUGCUACACUUGAAGGUGUAAAACUCAAAUUUGUGUGGAAAUAUAUUCCUUGUGAUGCAGUAAUUAGACAUGUAAAUAACCAAUAUUAUGAUGAUGAAACUUCUGUAUUGUUAUUUUAGCCAAAAUCAAUUAUAAUAUACAACAACAUCCUGUG